GUACCGUCAGCCACAGGACAUCUUUAGAACUGCAUCUAAUCGCAGCUAAUAACGUUCAGUCAUGAAAGUCGCGUUGCUCUGUUUGCUCGUCCUUGUGGCAGUCGUCUACGUAUCCGCCCGUCCGGAAAAGUCCACGUACACCAACAAAUUUGACGGUGUCGACGUGGACCAAAUACUUCGCAGCGAUCGCCUACUGGGAAAUUACUACAAAUGCUUGAUGAACGAGGGAAGAUGCACUCCGGAAGGCAGUGAACUUAAACGACUUCUGCCGGACGCCUUGGCAACCGAAUGCAGCAAGUGCACAGAGAAGCAACAGGAAGUGACGAAGAAGGUCGUCAAGUACCUCGUGGACAACAAGCCCGAGAUGUGGAAGAAAUUGUCGGCCAAAUACGAUCCUGAAGGUGUCUACAGGAGCAAGUUCGGCGAGGAAGCGAAGAAGCACGGCAUCAAAGUUUGAAAAUUCGCGGGAACACAGCAAUAAUACGUUGGGUUUGACAAUCUCAACGUGACAUCGAGGACAUAUCGAUUCGACGGAGAUAAUAAUCGUCCCCUAAUGAACACGUAGUCAACGUUGAAAUGGACUUACACACUUAACAAUUGGUCGUAUCAUGUACAUACCCCCCCCCCCCCACACACACACACACACAAGGAAACAGAAAAGAAUCAGGUUAACAGAGACUGUGUAAUUUUCUAUAGUGAAUUAGCUUGACCUAGCGAGUGGGUACAAUAAAGUAUGGCUAAAUACAUCGA